AUGCUUUUCAUCGACCUUCUAUUUGUUCUCGCAGCCACGAGCUUCAUACCCCACGCGCUCGCUGACUUCCACAUCGCCACGACCGAGACCUUUGACAACAGUGGUCUGAUCGCCACCUACCGUAUGCAAGCGUGUCCCUCAAACUACUACAACUGCGAGUGCUUCGGCAACGGCGACCGCGAGGGCUCAUUUGGCGACGUCAACUAUUGGGGCGACUUCACCAUGGAUGCAGGGUUCUGUGGUAUGGGAAAGAUGGAUUUUUACCCGGAUGGAGACGCGUUGAUCAACUUCUAUAUCUCGGGUGGAGAUGGGACGGCGAUUGGGUAUUGCACUCCGAAUACGGGAGAUUCACUCAAUUGUUGGACAGGGCCAGCAGAUGGGACGGUGACGGGUUAA